CGGAUCCAAAAUGGCGGUCGGUGGAAUGAGUUUGGGGAAUUUUGGUGUUUUAAUUUGUUUUUUCGUUGUCUUCUGUGACUAUUUAGUGUCAGCAGGGAUUUGGUCUUGGUUUUCAUCGACAAGUACAACCAAAAAAAUCACGGACUUUCAGUAUGAGUUCGUGACAUGUGGCUCAGUCCUCAAGCUCCUCAACACACGAUCGGCCGUUCGACUCCAUUCCCACGAUGUGAAAUAUGGGUCGGGCAGCGGGCAACAGUCGGUGACGGGCGUCGAUGAAACGGAUGACCAUAAUAGCUAUUGGCAAGUCAAAGGCAAAAUGGGAAAGGAUUGUGUUAGAGGAACUCCUAUAAAAUGCGGCGAGACCAUCCGGCUGAUGCACAUUCAAACAAAACGCAACCUACACAGUCAUCAUUUUAGCUCGCCGCUGUCACAUAAUCAAGAAGUCAGCGCCUUUGGCGAAGGGGGAAAUGGCGAUGAAGGUGACCAUUGGAUGAUCCAGUGUUCAGGGAGUUACUGGAGCCGAGAGGACAGAGUGAGAUUAAAACAUGCUGUGACAGCAAAAUACCUACACGUCACUGGCGACAGUUACGGACGUCCAAUUUACGGUCAGCGCGAGAUCAGCGCAUACCAGUCAGCAACAGAGAGUAACUAUUGGCAAGCAAUGGAGGGAAUUUUCGUGAAACCGACUGAGAAUAAUGCAUGGGCUGGUACCGGUGGUCCAUCCAGUUCAUACGUCCAUGAUGAAUUCUAGACAUUUUGACAUUCCAGAAAUGAUUUUACUUCGGAUUUUAUUAACCUUUCUGUCAAGCUGGAUUUGUUGACAGGCUGUUGUGGACUCCUUACACUUACGGUUGAACAUUCAACACAUUGAAUGUCACGAACUAGACCAGUAUGCCGGGGUAGCAAACAGGCAGAGGAGUCGAUGUCAGCCCAAUUAAUCGUCCUGGUUGAAUUGCAAUUACUUUGUUCUAUUGGGUACCUCCCACUGAAAAGAACGUGGUGAAACCAGUCCACACAUCGAUGUCCGUCACAGUCCAAACAAUAUCAAGAUGUUUGGGAGCUGGGGUUACGGCCAUUUUUUUUCAAAACCUCAUAAAAAAUAUCAGUCUGUAUCAAUGUCUCUGUGUUCAGAUAAGGGAAAGGGGUCAAAUCUAAUCCAAACCCUUUUGAUUUUUGAUGCAUUUCAAUGUUUAUGGACCCUCGCUUAGAAAGCCCAUAGCAAAGAACUGGGGACAAUGACUGAUGUUGCCCAGUUUCGUCAUGUCCGUGGGCAAUAUCAUUAUUGAUUAACCCUCGUAGGUUGGAAGGGCGCAGUGAAGUUUCAAAAAUUGCGACUUCUUAAAACAGAUGUGUGUUUUCGAUUUUGUAAGUCGGUAUUUAUAAAAGAAUAAAAAAGGACAUUUUCUA